CAGCAUCGAGUCACCGCACGACACAGAAAACUGACCAGACCCUAAAAUACACGCCACUAAAAACACACAUGGAUCUAUAGGAACCAGUAUAUCGGUGAAUACAGCAAAAUUAGACGCGCCUGACCAUUACCACAAGGUUACACAUAGCUGUAGUUUAUGCUAGAUUAUGUAUGCAGGGAGAAUUGCAGUUGCUGUUUGGAAGUGAAAUAUUUUAUGGAGGCUUGGAAGGACGCGGGGGAGCGAGGAGCCGAAGUGGGGAAACUGGAGAUUGCUACAACGUACUGGAAACUACAGCUCCUGCUGGCUACGAGUAACCCACGCGCACGGGACGGGGUGGAAACAUGGCCGCGAAUGGCAACAAUUUAACAUCUGGGAUGGGAGAAAUUAUCCAACUGAACGUUGGUGGGACACGGUUCAGCACCUCUAGACAGACUCUCAUGUGGAUCCCAGACUCUUUCUUUUCAAGUUUGCUGAGUGGGAGAAUAUCAUCUCUACUGGAUGAAACUGGAGCUAUAUUUAUUGACAGGGACCCAACAGCCUUUGCGCCCAUCUUGAAUUUCCUUCGAACCAAAGAGUUAGACUUAAGGGGGGUAAACAUUAACAUUCUCCGCCAUGAAGCUGAGUUUUAUGGGAUAACGCCAUUAGUGAGGAGGUUGCUGCUGUGUGAGGAAAUAGAACGUUUGUGCUGUGGCAGUGUUCUGUUCCAUGGAUACCUUCCCCCUCCAGCCCGUAACUCCAGCCCCACCCCUGCAGACUCUGGCCUUGCCGCUGAGGAUCGGCCUGGUCCUAGCGGAGCAGAAGGGGGGUUCCCCCAAACCUGCCCCCCCCACACCUCCCUUCCUGGACCCCCUGGAGCCGAGGCGCCACACAGACUGGGUGCUGUGGUGGAUCCUAGGAAGGUGCUGAUUGUAGCUGGACAUCAUAACUGGAUCGUAGUGGCUUAUGCACACUUUGUCAUCUGUUACAGGAUAAAGGAGUCGUCAGGGUGGCAGCAGGUGUUUUCUAGCCCCUAUCUGGACUGGUCCAUUGAGAGAAUCGCUCUCAACGCCAAGGUGGUAGGCGGUCCCCAUGGCGAUAAGGACAAGAUGGUGGCAGCCGCCUCCGAUAGCAACAUCAUCCUCUGGAGCAUCCAGGACGGAGGGAGCGGCAACGAGAUAGGUGUGUUUAGUCUGGGUGUACCAGUAGAUCAUCUGUUCUUCAUUGGGAACCAGCUAGUGGCCACCAGUCACAUGGGGAAGGUGGGGGUCUGGAACGCUGUCACACAGCAUUGGCAGGUGCAAGAUGUAGUUCCCAUCACCAGCUGUGACACAGCUGGCUCCUUCCUGCUUCUGGGUUGCAACAACGGAUCCAUCUACUAUAUAGACAUGCAGAAGUUUCCUUUGAGGAUGAAGGAUAAUGAUCUGUUGGUGACAGAACUGUACCACGACCCAUCUGACGAUGCCAUAACUGCCCUCAGUGUCUACUUCACACCCAAGACCAGUGUGAGUGGUAACUGGAUAGAGAUGGCGUAUGGGACCAGUUCUGGAGCAGUGCGGGUUAUAGUCCAACACCCUGAGACAGUAGGCUCUGGACCUCAGCUCUUCCAGACCUUCACUGUCCACCGCUCCCCUGUCACCAAGAUCAUGCUCUCUGAGAAACAUCUGGUCUCAGUGUGUGCGGACAACAACCAUGUGCGUACGUGGACAGUGACGCGGUUCCGAGGCAUGAUCUCCACGCAGCCUGGCUCCACCCCCCUCGCCUCCUUUAAGAUCCUCUCAUUGGAGGAGACUGAGAGCCACGGCAGCUACUCAUCAGGCAAUGACAUUGGUCCAUUUGGGGAGAGAGACGACCAGCAGGUGUUUAUUCAGAAGGUCAUCCCCAUCACCAACAAGCUGUUUGUUCGCCUCUCCUCCACUGGGAAAAGGAUCUGUGAGGUGGCGGCAGUGGAUGGGACCACCAUCUCGUGUUUCACAGUUAGGGAGUGUGAGGGUUCUAGCAGGAUGGGUUCUAGACCCAGGAGGUACCUGUUCACAGGCCAUGGCAAUGGCAGCAUUCAGAUGUGGGACCUCACCACCGCUAUGGAUACUGCCAACAAGGGAGAGGAGAAGAAGGAUGAGGUGGGCGGGCCAACAGAAGAGGAGCUGCUUCAGCUAUUGGACCAGUGUGACCUCAGCACCUCCCGCUGUGCCACGCCCAACAUCAGCCCCGCCCCCUCGGUGCUGCAGCCCAGCCGUCUCCGAGAGUCCUGCUCCAGCCUCCAGCUGCAGGCCCAGGAUCCCAUUCCAGAGACGGCCACCUACGGAGCUCUGCGACCCUACAGAGAGAGCCCACUGCUGGCCCGAGCCCGGCGCACAGAGUCCUUCCACAACUACAAAAACUUCCAGAACUUCUCCCCAGGGAAAGGCUUGCUGGAGAGCCCUGGACAGGCUCCAGGACAGGGGAAACGCCCAGGUACAGAAGCCAGAACCCGGUCGCUGUGUGAGGCUGGAGAGGAGGUUGGAAGGAGGGGCUCUGCCAUGGAGCUCUGGGCUAGCCGAACCACUAAUGCCGCCUACGCUAAUGUCUUUGCUAACGUUGCUGUGGUCACAGACGCCGAUGCAGCUGAGGGUAUCACAGAAUCGCCACGGCAACCGCCUGAGAGCCCUGGUGGAGACAUUCGUCGAAGGCUCCAAUCGGAGGAGGAGGAGUGGGCGGGGCUUGGUUCAGGGGCAGAGGCUAGGUCUGAGGUGAGGAGGAAGGCAGGGUUUGAGGGGGGGUUGUUUCUGGGCAGGAAGAGGGCACCUCCCGUCCCCCAGCUCUCCUCGCUGUCCUCGGGGGUGUCCUCGGGGGGAUGCAGUGACUCCUCCUCCACCGCCUCCCCCUCCCCCACUAAGCUGGCCUCCACUUCCCCCCGGCGCAGGAAGUGCAGCGAGCCGGCCAAUCAGGACAGCAGCCUGUGAGUGAAAGACAGCUCUGAUGCAGACACACUCCUUGUGUCUGUCAGUCAACAGCUUCAGGUAGAAGUUACCCCCGUAAACCCUGAUCUAGGACCAGCCAACCCUCCACAAGCCUAACCAUUAGGAGGAACUGGCCUUAGAUCAGUGUCUGAGGGCAACUUCAUCUCAUGACAUCUCAAAAGAAAGCCCUAUAUUCUCAGUCAAGAGGUUGAAACUUGCCACAGCCUAAGGAUCAUGACUUUAACCCUUUAUAUAUCUCCAUCAUUGCUGGUAUCUGGUUGCUACACAAUUAAUAAUAAUAUAUCAUUUGGUGGGUGCUUAUAUUUGUUCUAACGUCAUACAUGUACAAGUGUGUAUUAAUACUUGUGUGUGAAUUGGACAUGUGUUUUUUGCAUAUCCCAACUCUCCAGGAGACACCCUUGGAGUGUGGGUUCACGGCCAGGGUGCACCUCCAAUGUUUGUUCCAAUAGUCCCUCAUGACAUCAUUCAGACUUCUUGUGUUGGAUGCAUGUAGUUUACCGACUGUUAACAAAGUGCUACAUACGUUUAUUUCCCCCUUGUGGUCACUUUCCCAAACCAGUAGCCAGUAGCCAUGUGUGUUGUGUUUUAGACAUUAAUGAAUUCAACACUACACAGUAAAUCACUUUAUCUGUACUUCCUGAUCGAAACAGACCAACAGUCUCAUGCUGAAGAUCAAUGUGACUUUCCAUGGUAUUGUUUCUUUAAAUAUAAGGAGGAUUACAUUUUGUAGUGCCUUCUUUGACAUCAGCCAUAACCUACGUAUCCCCCUGUCCUGUGAUGGAGAGAGGAUCUAGAGUCUUAAGGGCAGAUUCAAUCAGAUUGGCAGCCGCAUAGCGUCGUUUUGGAGGUGUUGGAGGUGGAACUGCGUUAGAGCUGUCAAAUCCACAAGAGGCUCUUUGCGUAACCUGCCAUUGGAUGUAACGAAACCACACCAGACUGUAAUCCCAACAAAUCCCAUGCGGCCUCGUUAAAGUUCAAUCACUCAAAUUAGACUGGUGGGCAUAAAUCCCCCAUCAAAUGAGCAUGAAAACAUGCAUCAGCCUCACAUCAAUGACAUCAGUCAUUAUCUUUAACAUGAUAGAAGCCUGCACUUUCUAGUGCCGUUUUGAACCUCUAGCACAAAGGGAUAUUAAGGAAGGCGAUUGAUGUGUGACAGGAGCUCAUACCGCUUGUACACCUCCAACACAUUCAGGCUGUAUCACAACCGGCCGUGAUUGGGCGUCCCAUAGGGCGGCGCACGAUUGGCCCAGCGUUGUCCGGGUUUGAUCAGUGUAGGCGGUCAUUGUAAAUAAGAAUUUCUCUUAACUGUCUUGCAAAUGCUGGUUAAAGCUCCAUCUGAUUGAAUCCAGGCCUUAGACCAAAGGUUGUACAUCUGACUGUCCAGUUGUCACAGGUUGGAUAGCUGCUAUUAUUGUCACUCCUGUCACCCAACAAUAGCUUUCAGAUGGAGAAAGAGAAUAGGGGAGAGAGAGAGAGAGAUAGAGAGCAAGAGUUAUCAAUGGAGCCCAUCCUUUAGUUCCCUUCCUAAGACAUCCUCUACCCCAUCACUGGACCAGACCUGGGUCAAGUACAUACAACUUGAGGUGCACUUGAUUUAGCUUGUCCACUACAAUGGAACCAAUGGAAUAGUCCCAAAAGUGCAAACUCUGCCCAACACUCUAAAUCAAGCACACCCCUUGUAUUUGAAUGUACUGUAUUUGACCCAGGUCUGUUUUAGAUAGAGGUGUUCAAUAAGAGAUGGAAUGUUGAACAUGUACAAAGAUGUACAUUUAAAUAAUAUGCAACCUGAUUAUACUGUAUAUGAAGAGUAUACCUACAAAAUCCAAACUAUAUAUAUGUAUAUAUAUGUAACCAUACUGAUGAUGCAUUUAAUAUUUAUGUAACUAUCUACAUAUUUGCUGUUGUUCGCGACAAAUCUGUUUGUUCUCAUAUAAUAUAUAUUGAUAUGAAUCAUAUUUUAUCGUACCUAAAUUGUAUUUGCACUCGCACUAUGAAGACUAAAUAAUGAAGUAACAUUUUAUUUGGUAUGAGAUGAUAUUUAGCCCUUUGAGGAAUAAUGCCUGUCCCUCUGCGUCUAAGGCCUGGAUUUAUUCCGAUCUACGUUAGAUCCGCCUUAUAGUGCGAUUUGACAUUUAAAGGUAAGUUCCUAUUGAGCCGACAUAUCCAGCGUUUACCGUGAAUGUGGUUUCUACGAAAGUGGGAACAUUGCCUUUAAAAGUUGUAUAGGGGCGAUCAGAUUGAAUCUAUUUGAAUGUUGUAUAGGGGCGAUCAGAUUGAAUCUAUUUGAAUGUUGUAUAGGGGCGAUCAGAUUGAAUCUAUUUGAAUGUUGUAUGGGGCGAUCAGAUUGAAUCUACUUGAAUGUUGUAUAGGAGCGAUCAGAUUGAAUCUAUUUGAAUGUUGUAUAGGGGCGAUCAGAUUGAAUCUAUUUGAAUGUUGUAUAGGGGCGAUCAGAUUGAAUCUAUUUGAAUGUUGUAUAGGGGCGAUCAGAUUGAAUCUAUUUGAAUGUUGUAUAGGGGCGAUCAGAUUGAAUCUAUUUGAAUGUUGUAUAGGGGCGAUCAGAUUGAAUCUAUUUGAAUGUUGUAUAGGGGCGAUCAGAUUGAAUCUAUUUGAAUGUUGUAUAGGGGCAAUCAGAUUGAAUCUAUUUGAAUGUUGUAUAGGGGCGAUCAGAUUGAAUCUAUUUGAAUGUUGUAUAGGGGCGAUCAGAUUGAAUCUACUUGAAAGUUGUAUAGGAGAGAUCAGAUUGAAUCUACUUGAAAGUUGUAUAGGAGAGAUGAGAUUGAAUCUACUUGAAAGUUGUAUAGGGGCGAUCAGAUUGAAUCUACUUGAAAGUUGUAUAGGAGAGAUCAGAUUGAAUCUACUUGAAAGUUGUAUAGGAGAGAUGAGAUUGAAUCUACUUGAAAGUUGUAUAGGAGCGAUCAGAUUGAAUCUAUUUGAAAGUUGUAUAGGGGCGAUCAGAUUGAAUCUAGGCCUAAACUACAUCUCUUCUCAUAUUUACACUUUCACUCCAGCCAGAUACUAAAGAAAAUAAAUAGAUCUAUUUAUGUUGCUCGUUAUAACAUUUUGUAUAACACCGUAUGUACAAACACAUUAUUAUGUUGCUGUAUAUAGUAUGUAUCAGUGCUUACUGACCUAUGGUAUAGUACUAAUCUGUUAUUCACCUGUUGGCACUGCUGUUGUGUCUGAGCUGACUAGACAGGAUGAAGUCUAAAGACUGGACCUAUUUAUGACCCUAUGGUUCAGCUUGGGUUUAGCUGGCUAGUAGUAUUCACACUAACCUGGUAACCUUGUAUCGUAAGGUCGGGUAUAAUAGGGGUGCAGGUUUUUGCUUCAUCCCAGCAAUAACAAACUUGGUUGACUCAUAGGGAUAGAUUCAAUCAGUUUUGCCAUUACGGCAUAGCAGUUUCAUUGUUUUUAUUUAGGCAAUGUUGGAGGUGUUGAAUUAGCAAAUGGCUCCCUGUGUUCUACAUAUCACGGACAUGGCCAUUGGGUGCGCCGAGUCGCAUUAGUAAUAAUCCCAUGCAGCCUUGUUACAAGUUUGAACUUUUUAAAAACAUUUUAGUAAUUUAGCAGACGCUCUUAUCCAGAGCGACUUACAGUAGUGA